AAUACAGUUGAAAAAUCAAUCAAAAAUAAAUAUUAAACAACAGUAAAAUACCAAAUAUAAUUUUUUUUAAAUAAACAUCUAAAAUAUGUCAAGGAUUCGUAAAAAAUCUACUACAUGUUUUAUAAAUCCAAAGACUAAAGUUCGAGAUGCAACUUUUGAGGACUUAAAAGUCAUAAGAACAUGUAUCAAAAACAGCACCUUAAAAUUUUUUGGCGAUCUCGAUUUGAAACUGGAAUUUAGAGAUUCAAUCUAUUCGUUAGUAGUUGAACAAGAAUCUGGAAAAAUGUCUGCUUAUGUGAAUAUUGCAAACAGUCCAAAUGUAAGUGCUCUUCCAAAAGGAUGCUGGUUGGAAUGGAUACAAUUUCAUUUCAAGCUAACACAGAUUACCUAUGGGAAUACUCUUUUUCUGACGUACUUAGUAGUAGAUGAUCCUUACAACAACAGUAUUCUAAAAGACAUCUACGAAGAAAUGUUUCUUCGAGAACCAAAAAUUAAGUUUAUAUGCACUGUUGCACCACCAAUUGAUUCUAUUUACGAGGACAUACUGGCUGUUCAUAGUAAACAAAUAUUUUCCCUUGAUAAAUCCAUAAACAGGUUGAGCCAAUCAAUUUUCGUUUGCGAAAGAUAUAACAUUAUUCCAAGAAUGCGUUUGCGUCGUGCUUUAGUCGAGGAUAACGAUGAUUUAGUUGAAAUAAUUGAUCAAAAAUUAAAAGGAGUUCGUUUAGAGUUGGGUGAAUACUAUAUCGCUGAACAAGUAAUUCGCAACGAUCCAGAGGAAGCAAUCAUUGUUGCAGAGAUUUUAAACAAUACAGUUGGUAUGAUGUGGCUGAAUACACGUGUAAACCAAAAGGUUUUAGGAGAAAACUUUGAAACUACAAUUUUUGGUAACUUCAUAAAAAAAUCUCAAAAUCAACACACAGAUACGAUAAAAACAAAAAGUGUUAUAGAUUUAAUUCGAAAACGAUCUGAUAUUUUUUUUGAUAGUAUCUAUGAUGAUAGAAAAACAAAACAGAACAUCAAUUCCCCAAAAGAGCCAUUAAGUCUUAACAAUAUGUACAUUAAUACGAGCUCCAAUGACUCAAACGAUGAUUCUAAUGAAUUUGAAGAAGAAUACCCAAGAAAUCUUUUCAGAAAAUGGAAUCAAAUAAAUACUAAUUUGAGAUCUCCUUACACAUACGUAGAAGAAACCAAAAAAUACAUCAAAGCACCACAAAAAUCCGAUUUAGGUAAUGUAUUUGCUAUUCAGUUAUUCGGAUUGAGCAGCACAAUAGAUCCUCGAAGAAUAUAUGAUCUGAUUGGGUCUUCUUUUUCUGCAUAUCCUGAUAAGGAUUAUUGUAUUAUAUCGCUGCCCUCAACUGAGGCUUCAUCAAACUCUUUGAAUGGGUUUCUUUUAGAAUAUUUCUCGCGUGCUAUUCCUCGAGUUGGAUGCAAAAUCUCCGAUUGCUUGUACGUCGCUCAUAGAAAUUCAUUUCUUACUGAAAUAGAACUUUCAGAAUUGACCAGACAAGAUAUUGCCGAUGUAGAAAGUAUUUUGUGUUAUUCAGCGUUCAAGGGAAGCCGCAUAUACAAUGUAGCCGACAUAAUGCAGUCAAUUGAGGAAUAUCUGACUAAUCAAUGGUCAACAUUUAACGUACUUACAAUCCGUUGUGGAGGUUGUGUUAUUGGUUUUGUUGUUUUAAGAACAAACUGUUUAAUGAAUGAAUUUAGAAGAAAUUAUGUUCUUCAUAAUGAUGAUGACCUAUAUCCGGAAUGGCAAUCAGGAGAAUUGAAGUAUUUACACUUGCAUCCGGCAUUCAUAUGGGAAUGGGUACAUGUUACCCGUGAAAUAUUUCGACUAACUGGAUGCUGUUCAAUAUUUUACAAACUUAGACAAGAGUCCAACAAACCAAUACUUAACAGUAUUCUGUUAAACAUGUUUCCUCUGCUUCCAAGAAGACGUAUUUACGAUGCCUUUAUUGAUCCAUAUGCUCUUUACUACAUCAACAUAAAAAUGUGUCACAUGGCCAGAACUCAAGUUGAAAAUAAAAUAGUAAUUGUGGGAUUCAACGAAACAUGCAAGGGAUUCCUCAAGACUUUAUUUUUUUCCCAAAGUUGUCAACGCAUUCAAUGUCUAAACAUAACAGUAAUAACUGAAUGUAAUGGAUUCAUUGAAGCUGAACAUGACAAAAGAUCCUUUGAAGAGCAAAAGUCGAUGUUUUUCCAAGCUAAUGACAAAUUUUCUGCAGAUUUUUUAAGAAAACUGGAAUUUAGAACAUGGGUUAGUUUUAUUGGAGGAGAAUUAGAAGAAAUCAAUUGGGACAACAAGAGAUUAAUUUUGAAAAAUGGAACAGAAGUUCCAUAUGAUCAAUUGUUUUUAAUGUCCAGUUCAGUGUAUAGUUCUCCAAAAUCGUUCAAAACUGCACCUCUCAACUAUAUAGAAAUCAACAAUCGCUUGGAAAAGAUAAUAUUUUACCAUAAAAUACAACAAUUGAAAAAGAAUUCUAUAGAGCUACCACUCUUGAUUUAUGGAUCUGUUGUGAUGGCUCAUUCAUGUGUUGGCACCUUAAUUGAUUUGGGAAUAAAACCAUCAAAUAUUUUGCUUGUUAUACCAACCAACGAAAUAGAUGAUUUUCCCGCAACAUUGGAUGAUGAUUAUGUGACAAAUUGGAUUUAUAAAAAAGAGACAGAAGUUGGUGUCAAAAUUUAUCAAAAUCUAAAAUUUCUUGACUGGAAUCUUUAUCCAAAUGAAGAAGAGAUUGAAAGUGUUGUGUUUGAAUCCAAUUCUGGUAAAAUCUUUCUGAAAUGUUUAGCUUUCAUAAGCUUCCAUAUAAGAAAUUUUCCACAAAGCCUGCGAGAAACUUUGAUGGAAUCUCAAAUCGAAAUUCUUAACAACCGUAUUGUUGUUGAUGAGAAAUCAAAGACAAAUAUUCCAUUUGUUUAUGCAUGUGGUAGAAUAACUCAAUACCAAGAAUCUUUACUAGCCAACCAAAGCCAACAAGAAUUUCUUAAUCAAUCUGAAGUUGGAAAUCAACUUGCAUUGAAUUUUAUGGAAGAAAAACUAGAAACUGGAUCAGAAUUAAAUAUGAUUGAAGUAAAUUUCGUCAAGCCAAUUUUUCGUCAAUUUCAACUUUUAAAUGGUUGGGUGUAUGGAGGUUUAAGAAAACCUGGUCGGUAUAUUUCAAGACAGUAUAGAAUGGAUCAUCAGUUACUUGAACUUGGUCAAGAUAUAACUUCAUCCAGCAAGCAGGGUGAAUAUUGCCGAUUAAAUCUUGAUCAAAAUGGCAUUAUAUUUGAAAUUACUUGUUUGACUAGAAAGAAUAUACGGCUUACAUGAAACAUAUUUCAAAAAUUUAAAAACCAAAUGCGAUAGCGGAGAGAUCGAAAGCUUAUUGGAUCAUUUCCAUCAGGAUCAAUAUUCAGCUAUAUUGCAUGAUCAAUUUAAAUUGUUGAGACAAACUAU